AUGCACGCCACCGGACACACGGACCGCUCGGGCGGCGGCGGCGGCGGCGGCUCCUGGCGCCUCCCGCCCGACGAGACGCUGCAAGUCGCCGACCCGAAAUCUGCGAAGGAAGAGGACCUGUACCCAGGCGAUGGACACAAUUGGAGAAGCAUCAUAUUCUCAUUGAUGGUCAUCAGUUUUGUGAUAGCAGGCAUUGUCACAGCGAUUUACUUAUUGGGAUAUGUGGACGAGUUGUUGUACUGGUCGGGGCGUCGUAUGAGGCUGGACGAGUUCCUGCGCGGAGAUCUGACUGGAGAACGUCUACCGACCACGUGGGUCAGCUCCCACCAGCUCGUGUAUCAGGCAGACGACGGAGGUCUACUUGCGUUGGACACUUUCAACAAUACGCUAUACGUUCUUGUCACAAACCACACUCUCAGGCAGCUCAAUGUGCGAGGGUAUCAAUGCUCGCCAAAUCUGCGCUUCGUGCUGUUUCAACACAACAUCAAAGAGGUUUACCGACGGACUUUUACUGCGCAUUACACGGUUUAUGACGUCACUAAUGACCACCACAUCCCCCUCUUCGGCGAGGGUCAGAGCAGUUGGGAGUGGCAGCACGCGGCCUGGCUCGGUACAGAGGGAGCUAUCGUACUGGCUGCGGAUAACGAGGUCCUGGCUAGACCAGCUCCUCCCGCAAGAAGAGCACCCUUGCUGCGACUCACAAACGAUGCUAUCGCGGGCAGCGUUUAUAACGGCGUGUCGGAUUGGUUGUACCAAGAGGAGGUGACAAAAGAAUCAUCAGCGACGUGGGGAUCAUCGGACGGGGCUUUCGUGUUAUAUGUCCAGUACGAUGACAGGAAGGUGUCUCAGAUGAGGUUCCCACAUAUUUCCUCCGGGAUAGGUGGCGCUGGUGCCUCCAGAUCAGGGUUCCUGCUACCAGCUUUCAACAACAGUAACCCAACCAUUUUCCCUGAUCACGUAACGAUCAGAUAUCCCACGCCCGGUAGUUCAAUACCUCUUGUUAAGCUGUGGAUAGUUGCGGUACAAAACGUAACAUCUCCACCCAGGUGGGAAGUAAAACCUCCAAGUACAUUAGAUGGCAUGGAAUAUUAUCUCAUAUCAGCCCAAUGGGUGGGCAAAGAAAAUUCUCAUAUAGGAGUAGUUUGGAUGAAUCGUGCACAGAAUCUAACUGUGUACAGCAGCUGCUAUGCUCCAAAUUGGACAUGCACUGAGACCCAUUCAGAAAAAGCCACUGAUGAACCUUGGUUAGAAGUUCAUCAGCGUCCGGUUUACUCAGAAGACGGCAGUGCUUUUCUACUUCUAGCAGCAGUACAAGAAGGCGGAGGCCAAUACUAUACUCAUAUUAAGCAUGUUGAUGUCCUCCGUCAACGUAUAGCUGUUCUAUCGCACGGUAAAGUGGAGGUGGCGAAGAUCCUGGCGUGGGACCAGGAAAACAGUUUAGUUUAUUAUUUAGGUUUUGACAUCGAAACGUUUCACUCGCGUAUACAUCCUGAUAUGGACGCGGAAGCUAAUCGAAUUAACGCAGAUAGACCGGGCCAGAGGCAGGUGUACGUGGUCCGUGAUCCAAGCUACGGAGGAGCUAGUAACUCUGUCAGAGCUAGAGCUGAACGCGAAGAACCACGUUGCCUUACCUGCGAGUUGGCUGUAUGGCCUGCUCGGCUUCAUUACGCCAACUGCACGUUCUGGAGCGCGACGUUCCCACCUCCUAAGCCGAAGCGUGGUAUAACUCAUUACGUUCUGGAGUGCAGAGGUCCUGGUCCUCCACUCGCAGGUCUUCAUGAUGCCAGGACUCAUAAGUUAGAGAGAAUUUUAUACGAUACGAGGCCUUAUAGAUCUGUACGAUUACGUGAGUUGGCAUUACCUUCUCGUAGAUCAUUUGAUGUACAAUUGAGUAGUGGCUCUAAAGCCCGUGUACAGCUUCUGCUGCCGCCAUCUUGGAGAGAGGAACUCCGUGACGCAGCAUUUCCUGUACUAGUUCACGUAGACGGUCGCCCUGGGAGUCAACAAGUGACGGAUGAAUUCAUGGUAGACUGGGGAACGUAUAUGUCCUCACGUAAUGACGUAGUUUACGUUAAAUUAGAUGUAGCAGGCGCUAGAGGGCUUCCCCGAGCGCUGUUACGAGGUCGCCUCGGUGGGGUCGAGGUGGCCGAUCAAUUGGCUGUUAUUAGAUAUUUAUUAGAAACAUUUAAAUUCUUGGAUGUAACUCGUGUUGCUGUAUGGGGAUGGGGUUAUGGUGGAUAUGUAACGUCGAUGUUGUUGGGGUCACAGCAGUCUACUUUAAAGUGUGGUAUAGCGGUGUCACCGAUCACAGACUGGCUGUAUUACAACGCAGCAUUCACGGAGCGUAUCCUGGGCCAGCCGUCAGUUAAUUAUAAAGGGUAUGUGGAGGCUGAUGCGUCCCAGCGCGCGCACCACGUGCCUCCACACGCGCUGUACCUCGUGCACGGGAUGGCGGACAUGAGCGCGCCGUACCCUCAUGCUCUGCAGUUAGCUCGAGCCUUGACUGACGCCGGAGUACUGUUUAGAUAUCAGGCGUAUGCUGAUGAAGGGCACGAACUUGAAGGUGUUAUCGAGCACGUUUACCGUUCAAUGGAAGACUAUCUCCUCGAGUGCCUGUCCCUGGACCCAGAAGACACCAAGCUGCCUCCGCCAGAUAGAUAA